AAGUAUAAAGAAAAAUGGGAAAAAAAGAUGAACCCAAAAACGAUUAACUAAUUUACUUUUUCUUGUUAAUCAUCGUUGAUCAUGUUAAUCUGUUAUAUUGAUAUUCCAAUUAAUUCAACGGGUGUGUCAAGAUCGUUCACAUUUUUCAUGUUCGUGGUUUAGGCCUGAUUAGGAUCUUCCUCCGUCCCCCUUACAGGUAACAGUCAAAUUAACCAACAAUUAAAAAUGAAUAAAUCUUGGAUUUUGAUUUUCUUAGUAUUUUGUGCUCUUCUCGCUCGAACUCAAUGCCAAUCAGCCGAUGGAAUGGAGGGAAUGGAAGGAUUAGAUGAUGAUGAUGACGAAGAUUAUGAUGACAAUGAGAGACAAUUAGGUGGUUCGGUUCGAGAUGCAGUUCGAAACUUUGUCUCUGGAACAGUUAAGUAUAUUACCAAUACUCGAUUGAUUCCUUCGGUUGUUUCUCAAGCUUUUCGACGACCAGGAGCGGCUGUUGUGGCCAGUGGAGCGACUGGAGCAGCCACUUCAGGUCUUGCAGCUAGUGGUUCAUCGGUGGGCAGUGCUGCUGCUAAUGCUGCCGCUUCCGCUGCUGCAAAUUCAGCUGUUGAUGGUGGUAUGGCAAUGUCCGCUUCUAAUGCCAUUGAAACAGCAGCCACAGCCGCUGGAUCCGCUCUUUCAGCUAGCUCGAUGGGCUCACCUAUGGCCUCACUUAACUCACUUGCCAAUUUCAACGCUCUCCUACCAAUCUCAACUGCUUCCAAUCAAAUUCAACAAGCUGGUGAAUUUAUUGGAAAUGUUUUCCGAACCAUGAGGUCAAAUUGGGCUCGUCGAAAUCAAGAACAACAACAAGAGAUACGCAAACGACUCUCCGCCAUCACCAAGCGUUUAACCAACUCAAGAGUCGUACUUGGUACACUCCAUCGACUCACAGGCCGAGAAGACACCGAACAAGGUACUCCCGUCGCUGGUUUAUCUUCAACUGGUGACAUGAAAACAUCCGAAUCUAAAAUUCAACAAACUAUCGCUCAGGCAUAUCCACAAUUGAUUCCAGUUCCAUAUUUUGCCCCCUUCUAAUUACCUUUCUCUUAAUCUCCACCACCACCACCACCAUCAUCAUCAUCAUCAUCGUAAUUACAGUUGAUUAUAAACCACGAUUCAGAUGAUAUGAACUUUUUUUACCUGUGCUUUUUUACCUCUCUUUUUGUUAUAAGUAAAUCUCAACUCAACCUUAUCAACCACCUCAACAACGAUAACCUUCAUGAUAACCACCACAAUUAAACCCAACAACCACCAAUAGAAUUGUUGAAAUGCUGUUGAUUAACUGAUUUAUGACUGACCUUUGACAAUUUAAAAAAAGAGAACCAAAUUAAUAACAAACUUUUCUCUACGAUUUCAAUUAAAAUCGAAGCCAAAUUAAACCUUCAAAAAGGAUCAUCAUUUGGUUGGAUAAUAUUGAUAUUCUCGCAGAGGAAAACGACCAAUUUUUUUUUCUAAUCCCAACAAUUAAUGUGAUCGAUUAAAUGUCGAAACAAUAAAUGGAACAAUUAACUUUUUUUUAAAUAGUCUCCGUGUAAACGGAAGGCUAAAGAAACACCAACAAUAAAACCACCAAAAUGUGACAAAAAUCAAAAAACCUUAACCCAAAUCUCUAUAAAUAUUAAUGACAAUUAAUGAUAAUUCUAAAUCUAAACGCUAAUUAAUGUAAAAGAUAAUUUAAUUCUUAAUUGUCUUUAACAAUUUAAUCACUUUUUUAAUAUAAAAAAAACUCCAAAUUAA